CUGUCGUCGCGUUAGCCCACUACCACGCGAUUUAAAAAAAAAGCUCAUCGUUGUUUAUGGUCAAUUUUAAAUUUGGAAACUAGUGAGGUGCAAGUGCUCUGGAUUGAUUCGUGUAAAGUGCGAGGAGCUUUUUGUUGAACUGUGGUGUGUUGUGUGUGAUGGUACUCAGCCGCUCUAUUCGUUGAGAGUGCAGCAUGAGGGGUACAGUUUGUCAGUUUCUGCUGUUGGCGCAUGCGGUCUGUGCCAUCACAGGACCUAGGUCAGAAAAUGAGUACGAUAGAAGAAGACAAGUAUCACUGGGCCAUCCAGGUUUCAGUGAACAUCAAACGAGAUUUGGCUUGAAUUCGCCGCUGCAGAACUUCCAGUCGCAAGGCUCUCUACUCAGCAGCCCAUCACCGAGUCCACUUCAGUUCCCUCAACCGAUCUUCUCACAGCCCCAACCGCAGCCAUCAUUCGUGCCUCCACAAUUCAACAAUAUUCUGCCCAAUCCUGCCAUUCCGACAAAUGUUGGCAUCCAAAAUAAUCUGCCCUUACCGAAUAAUAACGCGUUCCAAUUCUCUCAACCACCAGUCAAUCCACCUACUCUUCAGAACAACUUCCCUCCGUCGAAUUUGAGACCACUACAGCAAAACCAAAAUGUACUUCCGCAACCAGCUCCUACUUUGCCUACUUUCCAAAAUAACGGGCCUCCCAUUGCCCAAAAUGCACCUUCUUUCAAUCACAAUGCUCCUAGUAAUACAGUAAAUAUACAGCCAAGACCAACGCAGCCAGCUUUUCUACCAACAGUUCCAGAAUCACAAAACCAGCCAAUUUUCAAUCACCCGAAUCCUAUAACUAUUCAACCUGCACCUAAUCUAGCCCCACAAAACUUAAAUUUAAACAAUGCACAAAUCCCUUUCCAAUCUAAUUUAGGUCAAGCGCCGCUCUUCUCAAAUGGACAGUCAUCUCAAAUACAAAAUUUCUUUGAGCAACAGUCUAAAGAAAACCUUGAGAAACUAAAAGAGCUUCAAGAGAGACAAAGAAUAAUUCAAAAGCAUCAGGAAUUUGUACAAAAACAGCAACAGAAACAGCAAGAGAAAGUAGAGAAAUUACAUGAAGAGUUCUUAAGUAAACAAGCAACAAAAACUAUACCAACUGUUUCAACGACAGAAAACUAUCAGAAUUUCUACACCCGUAGCCAAGAUAAACAUCGACCAAUCUUACCUCAUGAGACAGAUUUAUUUAGAAAAGCUUUGGAAAUUUAUGAAAAGGAGCAUCCAACAACUACAACUACCACUACUACAACGACCACCACGACUACACCCGCACCGACACCUAGGUACAAACCUAGACAGAAGCCAAAGCCCAGAAAUCCUCCACAAGAUAGAAAAAAGCAACAACUCUACAAUGAAAUUAAGAAUUUACUUGAAGAAAGCGAGACAAAAGGUUUUGAUGAUAGUUUAAGAGCAAAAAGUGUAGCUCUUUUACAGAAACCAGACAUUCUCAAACAGUUAAAAGUAGCAUUAGCAGAGAAUCCCGAAGACUUUAACGAAAAGAACUUUACGUCACGGGAAAUCUCUUUAAAUGGUCAAAAAUUUGAAGUGAUUAGAACCACUAAUCCUAAUUUGAUUCCAAAAGGAGCAAUAACUGCAGACAGCCCAGCUAACUUGGCACAAAUUGUAGCUAAUACCCAAGCACCACAGAAAGAAAGUCGUAUUUCUUUCGAAGAUUUGACAAAAGGUGUAUUGCCUCCUGGAGCAAACUUUGAGCUCAUUAAACAAUCCGAUAAUGGCAAACUUGAGGAAGUCUCCAAAAUACCCAACACACUUCAAAAUAAAAAGAAAGUUACAUUUGUUUUCUUAGAAGAGCAAGACGAUGGCUCUUUUAAAGUUAAAGGCGUUAAAGCUAAUGGUCAACAAACAGAAGAAGGACCCGAAGUGGAAAAUAUUCUAAAUAAAAUAAAGAAAGGUGAAAUACAGUUGCCUGGAAAACUAUCAAAUAGUAUUUUAACUUCCACUACAGCUAAUCCUACGACAGAAGCGAAUGACUAUGUAGCUGAACCAUCUCAUCUUCCUUCGAGUUACUCUAGUUUUAUCACAACAUCUAGCCACGGAACAAUAGGUCAUAAUCUUGUAUCACAUACAACGCCAACUCCGAACACUUAUCGAAGUAGUGUAAGCCAAUCUACGAGACCCACUCAACCUCAAACACAGACAUUCGCACCAUCGACUCGAACAGUAUCUACGACUGAAAGAUAUAUCGCCAAAUCGACUUCUCCUACCUACGAUUUUACAGCGAAUAGAAAUAGUCACAGUUCAUCAUCACUUUCUACACCCUCAUCUUCCUUCCCGAGCUCAACGUUUUCGAGUAUCAUCAGUACAACGCCGGCUUAUCGACAUAAUACUCCAGAAGACCUUGUGGUAAUAGGAUCCAGUGUGGUUCCACCAACAGUGGAAAUAACCAACGCACCUUUGAACUACGGAAGGCAAAUCAAUCCUGGACUUGUCGAAAUCUUAAAAGAGAACGGCUUAUUUGCGACUGCUAAAUACUUGCGUCAAUCUGGAUUAGACACGAUUCUGAACGAGACUGGGCCGUAUACGAUUUUUGCACCGACCGAUAAAGCGUUCAGAACGUUAUUGGUCCAACUUGGCGGUCCCGAUAGAGCCGAAGAGAAAUUCCGUGAUAAUCCACGUCUGCUCAGUGGCCUGCUCCUCCAUCACGUGAUUCCCGGUGCGUUCGAUAUCGCAUCCCUACAAGACGAGAUGACUGGGGUAUCUCUGGCAGGAACCCAACUGCGUGUCAACCAGUACGAUAUGCAUGACGUGGAGUGGAAUGAGGUGCGAGUGACCACAAUCAACGGUGCCAGGGUCUUGGAAGACAAGAAAGACAUUCACAUACCGCAGGGCAUAGCUCACGCAGUAGACCGGGUGAUGUUCCCGCUGCCAGUCGGCGAUCUCGUGCAGACACUGCAGGCAGACAGAGAUAGGAGGUUCACAACGUUCCUGAAGGCAAUACACGCGAGUGGAUUCGCUGACACGCUUGCAGAAAGCAAAACCUACACAAUUUUCGCGCCAACGGACGCGGCGUUCGCGCGCCUACAACCGACCGAACUGUCACGGUACUCAGAGAAAGCGGCAGCGCGCGCACUCGUUGCUAGACAUGUUCUGCCAGGCACGUUGUACAGUGCCGGCAUGAGGUAUUACCAACUGAGGAACUCCAUGGAGGAUGCCAAGCCGCUGACGUUGCAGAAGAACGCCGGUCGCAUCAAAGUGAACAAUGCACAAGUGAUAACCCACAACAUACCUGCAACAAACGGCGUCAUCCACGCCAUAGACAAUAUCCUGUGAAGUGCGCCCGCGCAUCCACUCCCGCCAAAUUAGCUUCAGUGAAGCUUUCAAUUGUCUAUUCUUCGAAAUUAUAUUCUUAUAACUUUUGUAAACAGAAUUUGCAAUGAGCGACGCUUUAAUUUUAUUUUUUAAAAAUAUAAUAAGAUUGUAAAUAUAAAUUUUAGACUAAGAAAUUAAUUUAUAUACAUGUUAAUGUUUUUGUAAAUAAAUCUAAUAAUAUUAUUA